AACAUCCAUCUGGUUCCCCACAGUCACGACGAUUUGGGAUGGCUAAAGACCUUCGAGCAGUACUACUAUGGCUCUCACGACAACGUGCAGCGAGCCGGCGUCCAAUACAUCAUCAGCAGUGUGGUCGAUGCGUUGAAGAGCAACAAGGACAGAAGGUUCAUCUACGUGGAAACUGGAUACUUCUGGAAAUGGUGGACCAACCAAGAAGAAGACGUGAGAAGCGAUGUUCGCCAGCUCGUAAACAAUGGCCAGUUGGAGUUCAUCAGCGGCGGCUGGUCGAUGAACGACGAAGCCACCACUUACUAUCAAGACACCAUCGACCAGAUGACUUGGGGCUUGAGACGACUGAAUGACACAUUUGGAGAGUGCGGCCGCCCACGGGUUGCGUGGCAAAUCGACCCGUUCGGGCACAGCAGGGAGAUGGCGUCGAUUUUUGCGCAAAUCGGCUUCGACGGCUUCUUCUUGAACAGAAUCGACUCUCAAGACCUGCAGAUCCGAAGGACCAACAAGCAGAUGGAGUUCGUCUGGCGAGGCAGCCCGGAUAAUCUCGGAGAAUCCACCGAUAUUUACAGCAACGUUCUGUUCCGGCACUACAGCGCCCCUUCGGGGCUUUGCUUCGAUGUGAACUGCGCGGACGAGCCAAUAAUUGACGAUCCAGAGAGCCCCGAGUACAACGUGGAGAACAAAGUGAGGAACUUCAUUAGCGACUGGAUAACUCCGGCCAGGAGCGGCUACGCCUCCGACAACAUUCUAGUGCCGAUGGGGGACGACUUCCAAUAUCAGGCUGCCGGCAAAAACUUCGCCAAUAUCGACAAACUCAUCAGGUACAUGAGCGGAAAGGAAAUCGAGGGCGUCAAGUACAACGUGAUCUACUCCACGCCCUCCUGCUACCUAAAUGCUGUCUACGAAGCAACCAAUGGGGUUUUGGACGUUCCCUUGAAGACUGACGACUUCUUCCCAUACGGAUCAUCAGACCACACCUACUGGUCGGGCUAUUUUACAUCGAGGCCAACCGGCAAAGGCUACAACAGGUUCAGCAACAAUUUCCUGCAGGUCUGCAAACAACUGAGCGUCCUGACGGACGCCACCUCUGAUGAGGACACUGCCAAGCUGAACACUUUACGGGAAGCUCUGGGAGUGUUCCAGCAUCACGAUGGCAUCACAGGCACUGAAAAGGAAAACGUCGCUCACGACUAUAUUCAUCUGCUCCACAAGGGCAUCACCGAAUGCGAGGACAUCACCAGUCAAGCGCUAGCGUAAGCUCAAAUAGACUCAUCUCUUGUCUUGUCUGAAGACCAACUUUGUACGACAAAGUUGAAUUUCACAAAAAAACUUCAGUCAGAAAACUUCCUAAAUUCGAACAAAAACGACGAUUUUGAGCUGAAAAGAUCCUUAUCGCGUUUAGUUAGCGAGAAAGACACGUUUGUGAUGUUUAGACCAACUUUGUACGACAAAGUUAAAUUUCAGAAAAAACCUUCAGUCAGGAAACUUCCUAAAUUCUAACAAAAACAACGAUUUUUAGCUGAAAAGAUACUUAGCGGAUUUAGUUAGCGAGAAAGACACGUUUGUGAUGUUUAGACCAACUUUGUACUACAAAGUUAAAUUUCAGAAAAAACCUUCAGUCAGGAAACUUCCUAAAUUCUAACAAAAACAACGAUUUUUAGCUGAAAAGAUACUUAGCGGGUUUAGUUAGCGAGAAAGACACGUUUGUGAUGUUUAGACCAACUUUGUACGACAAAGUUAAAUUUCCGAAGAGAAACCAGCUGAAAAACAAAUUUGCCCAAAACUUCCUAAAUUUCAACAAAAACGACGAUUUUGCGGUGAAAAGAUCCUUAGCGCGCUUAGUUAGUGAUAAAGACACGUUUGUAAUGUUUAGACCAACUUUGUACGACAAAGUUAAAUUUCCGAAGAGAAACCAGCUGAAAAACAAAUUUGCGCAAAACUUCCUAAAUUUCAACAAAAACGACGAUUUUGAGCUGAAAAGAUACUAAGCGCGUUUAGUUAGCGAGGAAAACCCCUUUGUGAUGUUUAGACCAACUUUGUACGACAAAGUUAAAUUUC